AUGAGAGGCUCAAUGAAUUGGUCGGUCAUUGCGGCCGGCAAAUCUGGAGGUCGCAUUCUGGUACAGUCGUUAGCCAGAGAGUUCGGUCCGCAAGGAGUUCACUGCGCUCACGCGAUCAUCGACGGCGGGAUCGAUGAACCAGAGGCUGCUCAUGCUGCUGACAAUGACGCCACUCCGGAUGGCAAGCUUGGUCCCUAUGCUAUUGCGGAAGCGUAUUGGCACCUGCAUAUCCAGCACAAAUCCGCCUGGGGUCAGGAGAUUGACUUGAGGCCAUUCAAUGAGAAGUUCUAA